AUGGAAGACUGCCUGAAAACCUUCGGGGCCGACGAAACCAAGAUCAAGGAUGGAGGAAAAGUGCCAUCAGGCAGACAGAAGUGGAAUCGCAACAUGGCUGCGAUGCUAAGCUUUCGCAUCAUUAUUAGUGCCCUGCUUACAGGCAAUUGUCCUCCCCAUUUCUCGCGCAAAAAUGCACUGUCAGAAUCAGCUAGACCCGAGUCUACAGUGACCCCUGACACUUUGCUCAAGCCAAAGCCCAGGCCCAAGCCCAAGCGUAUGCGCAAGAAUCCAUCUGCUCCUGUUUCUUCUCUUCAAAAGAAGCAGCGAACUGAUUGA